CAAAUUGUCAUUUCCUCAUGUCAGUUCAAAGCUUCAGCUAGUGGAGAGAAGUAUCCCAGAAGGUACCACUAUGCAAACAAAUAAAUUACACAGUACCAGGAAGACAGAGACAGCGUGAUGAGCUCUCAACAUCAGAAGCGAUAAUGGAGUUAACUUUACUGUCCAUCACAGUGUGGCUUACUCACUUCCUCUUUGCCUCGGCUAUAUAUUUCAACACAACUACAACAAAAAAACUGCCAGCAAACAACCUGAGUGACUAUACUGAAAACACACAAAUCACUGGGGCAACAACAGAAACAAACCAAGAACCCAGAAUACUGAUUAAUUCAACAGCUUUGUCACCUCAGACCAUGAGAUCCCAGGGCAGCACAGUUGCUACAGCUAUGCAUGUGGCAUUUACAGAAGAAGCAACAUACAUGCAUCAAUUCAAUGGCAGCAAUGAAUCUCAGAAUGACUUUAUGGAUAUCACAAAAGGACCAGAUGAAGGGAGCGUUAGCAGUGCUAGUAAUGUUAUAAUGGACACAAAUACAAGUCCAAUGGAUACCACAGUUUCUUUAAACCCUGCAAGACUGACACUAAAAAAGGAUGACAAUGAAACAGGAACAAGGUCAAGCACACAUAACACAAGUUGUGACAGUGACAAGCACACCAGUUUCGGCAAAGUUCUGAACACACAGACUACCAAACCAGUCACACAGUCUUUAUCAGACCCUUCCAAUACUGUUACAACAGUUUCCCAGAGAGACUUGACAGGGGUAGGGGAUGAGAGAACGAAAGCUGAUGAAGGAAAUUAUGAAAUGUACUCCACCCAAUCAACAUUUGCUAAUUUGAACGAGGAGUCAAGAGGAACACAAGUCACAGAGGGAAGUUAUAAACUAACAAGUGAACAUGAAGUUUCACUGCACAGUGAGCAAAAUUACAACACAGGAACAAGUACAACAGAAGUGAGUACUUCAACACCAAAAACAAGGAACAACUGGAUAACUCCACACAAUACAAACACACCAAUGACUACCUCUGCUUACACAACACACCUUACUGUUACAGACACAACUGAAUAUCACACCUCAAUACCUGUCCUUGUAGCAAAAAGUGGUGGAUACUGGACAGAGCAGCCCAGACGAGAGCACAGUACAGACUUUACAACACAGCAGAGUUUAUACAGACUCAUACUCUCUACAGCACACAUUGAAAGAGAAAAUAGGAAUGAAACAGACACCCUAGACACACCCAGUGGAAUCACCAGUAACAACAGCACUAUCAUAGCUAAUGUUAUAACAGACAAUAGUACAAAUGCCACAACCGACAAAACAAACCAAACUGAACGAGACAAUACAACAUUGCCCAACUGUUUUAACACAAACUCAGAACAUCAGUUACUGCAAUCAAGGCUGGUCUGCUUCAUCACAAUAUGGACUCUUGCAAUGACUGCUUCAGUUUUCCUUGGAAUAUCUAUUUUCCUGUGUGUGCGUCUGUCAGUCGUUAAAGAGAGGAUGAGGCACAGGAGAAGAGGACAAGAAGAGAAGGGAGUACCAAAGUGGGAGAAGGAGAGCCUCUGGGCAAUCCCCAAAGGAUCGGUGCAGGAGAGAGUGGAAUUCUGGUACAUCAAUGGAUCUACACUGGAGGCAGACAGGAAGGAGAAGCAAAGAAAAAGUGUAGAGAGACUCAAGAGGAAAAAUAAUAAUGAUGAGAACGAACUGUGGAUCCAGCCUAGAGUUACUAUGGAUGAUUUAUCAGAUUUUUGGUUUGCAAAUAGAAGAACAAAGGAGGAGAGGAGAGAGGACAGAGACGACAUUGAAAGACAGCAUGCUGGCAGAGCUGUGAACAAUGUCUACGUUUAGAGAGGAUUUUAAAACAGUGCUUCUCAAUUAGUGGAUAGCUACCCAAAAAUGGGUCUCUGGACUAUUUUGAAAAUGCAAUGCUGAAUGCAAAUAAUAAAAUGCAACUAAUCAUAUAUUGAGCAAAGUUAGGAUUGUGUAUAGUUGUUAAUGCCAAAUGAAAUGCAUCCAAUCAAACUCAAACAAAAUCAAAAUAGUUUAUUUUGAUGCAAAUUAUUCUGUCACUUGGUAAAGAUAGAUGCCAAUGUGUAUGUUGUAAGACAUGCCCUCUUCCUUGAAAACCACGAACAGCAUAUUAAUAAUAUUUUUGUUUUUGACAAUUUAUUAGGUACACCUGCACACCUACAUAUUUAUGAAAUUAUCUAAUCAGCCAAACAUGUGGCAGCAACGCAGUGCAUAACAAUAUGCAGAUACAGGUCAGGAGCUUUAGUUAAUGUUCACAUCAGCCAUCAGAAUGGGAAAACAAAUGAUUUCGACCAUGGCAUGAUUGUUGGUGCAGGCAGGCUCGUUUGAGUAUUUUUGUUACCGCUGAUCCCCUGCCUCUAGCCUCUAGCGUUUACUCAGAAUGGUACCAAAAAGUUUUUUAAUUAAAAAUUCAGUUAGCAGCAGUGAUGACGGGAACGCCUUGUUGAUGAGCGAUAUCAGCGGAGAAUGGCAGGUUCGAGCUGACAGAAAGGCUAUGAUAACUCAGAUAAACACUCUGAACAAUUGUAGUGAGCCGAAUAGCAUCUCAGAAUGCACAAUAUCAAAUCUUAAGGUGGAUGGACUACAACAGCAGAAGAUCACAUCUGGCACUUUAUUAGUGUUCAUAAUAAAGUGCUCAGUGAGUGUAUGGUUUGCCAGCCACAAUGUAUUUUCAGCAGAGAAUGCUGCGGCUGCUGAGAGCCAAAUACUUUAUAUACUAUAUAAUAUUUUAAAGUUUUAAAGAUUUUCAAGACUGGUAAUAGCCUAUUAGUAAAUAUAUAAACACAAAUUUGGUUCUAUGUUAUGUUGCCAUUUGAUGUCAAUCAAUGUUGAAUCAAUGAGUUGUGAAGCAUAGGGUACAUUGGAUGGAAAUCCUAUUCAGUAAGUCAGUCGAACAAUAUUGUCUAGUUUUAGAAAACCUGGAUUGUGGCCAAAUGAGAACGACAUAAAUCCAGAAAGAUAAAUUAGGACUUCCCCUUUCAUAGAAAAGUUUGGUGUGGCCUACUUUAACCACAGAACAUAUUGCUCCACCACUUAAACAUCUGAACAUCGCAAUAUUCCAUUCACACCACACCCAAAACUUUGCACGACACUUUAGUUGGUAUGCAUUUUUUUUUUACAGAUAUAUUUUGAAAUGUGUAUUGUAUUUCAUUAUGAUACCAAACACAAUAAUUUAAAAUAAUUUAAAGGACUAUUCUGUCCAUUAAAUUCAGAUUCUUUAUAUACAUAGGCCUUUGUAAACUAUAUCUUGUGAAAUAAAAUAAAAAUAUAUAU